CAAACCGAUCAACAAAUGUCUGCUCUGGAGGAAUCCAGGACGAGACUUUGUGAUCAGUUUGCCUUUGUAUCUGGAUCGGACAGCGCCGUGGCACAGUGCUAUCUAGCAGAAAAUGAGUGGGACAUGGAGAGAGCUUUAAAUUCUUUCUUUGAGGCUCAUAUGGAUUCAGUCUUCGAUGAGGAAGCAGAGAAAACUGAAGUGACUGGGAAUAAGAGAAAAGAUGUGAAUUCUUCUGACACUGCUGAAGCUUCAGGGACGAAGAAGAAAUUGAAGACGGACAAUGCGGAUUGCAUUGACUUGACAGCAGAGGAGCCCACCUGCUCUAUUACUGUAAACUCUAAAGAAAAUCAGGCUGAAAAUGGCACAGCCAAAUCUGAAGUGGAGGACAGCAAGCUAUCCAUCAUCAGCUGGAAUGUGGACGGUUUGGACACAUUAAAUCUUGCAGAACGUGCCAGGGGCUUGUGCUCAUAUCUAGCUCUAUACACACCAGAUGUGGUUUUUCUUCAAGAGCUCAUUCCAGCUUAUGUUCAGUAUCUUAAGAAACGUGCCGUCAGCUACUUGUUUUUUGAAGGGAGCGAUGAUGGAUACUUUACCGGGAUAAUGUUAAGGAAAUCAAGAGUAAAAUUUUUGGAAAGCGAGAUCAUCUGCUUUCCAACAACACAAAUGAUGAGGAAUCUGCUCAUUGCUCAGGUGACUUUCUCAGGUCAGAAGCUAUACUUGAUGACAUCCCAUUUAGAAAGCUGUAAAAACCAAUCCCAGGAGAGAACGAAACAAUUGCGGGUUGUGCUUCAAAAGAUUAAGGAAGCGCCAGAAGAUGCCAUUGUCAUUUUUGCAGGUGACACAAAUCUCAGAGACGCAGAGGUGGCCAAUGUUGGAGGUUUGCCUGCAGGUGUGUGUGAUGUGUGGGAACAGCUGGGCAAACAAGAACACUGCAGGUACACCUGGGACACCAAAGCUAACAGCAAUAAGACUGUGCCUUACGUCAGCAGAUGUCGCUUCGACCGCAUAUUCCUGAGGUCUGCUAAAACCCGUCCAGCGGUCACUCCUGACCACAUGGCCUUGAUUGGAAUGGAGAAACUGGACUGCGGUCGUUAUACCAGUGAUCACUGGGGUAUUUACUGCACUUUCAACACAUGAAAUACCAAAAUGACCAACGUCUUCUGUCCAGAAGAGUUGGCUUUAUAGAGUGUGCUCAAAUCAAAAAUAGUUUAAGAGUGCCUACAAAAUGCAGACUACAGUUCAGUGUAAGAAACAAAGACAAACAGAUACUUGGCUGAAUAUAAAGUACUGCAUUAGGAAACAUGAAGAAAUGGUUUUAGCAUAUUCCACACCAUCUUUCCAGAUGAUCCUAUAUCUUGGAUUUAACAUAAAAAAAUCAAGUGUUUUCUGAAUUUAAAUGCUUUUAUUUGAAUAAAUGUGAUUUGUUGUGGUAA